AUGGCGAAAAACGUUCAGUUGAAGUUGUUACAGAAAAGAGAACGGCAAAUAGUGCUUCUCAUGGACAGUGUCGACCGAUUCGUACAGAAUUAUAAUACAGAACGUGACGAGUGUCAGAUUAGGUCUAGGCUUGAGGCCUUAGAACCUGUGUACAGUGAAUUCCAUGAAGUGCGAAGUAAAAUCGAGAUGAUUGCGUAUGAAAGCGAAGAGAAGAAAGCCAAGGAGCUUUACGGCGACGCCAAAGAUGAAGCAGAAGCCCAACGUGAGGAAGAAAACGACAUGCUGCUGCUGAGUUUUGAAGAUCGUUUCUUCCGGUUGAAGGGUGCUCUAUCGAAACUUCAACAAAAACGUGAACAAGCUCCAAACGACGACAAUUCCUUUCAUCAUCAAGACCAUGCCUCCAUGGGGUCAAGAGUUAAGCUGCCAGAAAUCCGAUUGCCCAGUUUUAGUGGAAAACUUCGCGAAUGGGUCUCAUUCCGCGACAGUUUUCAAAGCUUGAUCCACAACAACGGUCAACUUGCACCCAUGGAGAAGUUCUCAUACCUCAGGUCAUCUUUAAGCGGCGAGGCACUCGAAGAAGUUCUCUCUAUCGAACUGUCAGACGUCAAUUACACUAUCGCCUGGGAGAUUCUGACAGAACGAUAUGAAAACAAGAAGCUGAUAGUGAAGGCGUACUUAGACGCACUGUUUUCACUAGAACCGAUAAGAAAAGAGGGGUACGAGAGCAUCAACAAUCUCAUAUCUGAAUUCGAGAAGAACCUGAUGAUGCUGCAGAAGGUCGGUGAAGACACUGAUGGUUGGAGCACCAUUCUAGCGCACAUGCUUUACACGCGACUGGACUCUGUCACCUUACGAAGCUGGGAAACACAACACAACUGCAAAGAAGUACCCAAAUACGAGGACAUGAGGAAGUUUCUGCGCAGCUACUGUUCCGUUCUGCAGUCAGUUGCUCCAGCCAAAGAACCUCGCUACAACGUCACCGAUCAUCAUCAGUCGAGAACCCAAUCAGCAAGCUACACAACAUCUCUGGACCGUAAGGUAAUCAACCUCAUCAACCGGAAUCGAUCGAUGCGUCCAUGUUAA